AUGUCAAAGAAAUUUGAGAUUCCUAAGGAUGUUGGUGGUAUGUUGGAGUCUUGGUUAAAUAAGGUCAAGGAAGAUAGACAUGUUGGGAAUAACAUCACCAUAGUUGAACCCUCUGGAGGAACAUUUAGCAUUAAGAAGAUUUGGCUCACAAAUAUGAAUCCUGAGAAGAUAAGAAAGAUGGAAGCUAUUAUUGUAGAGCUAAUGGAAUUCAGUGAUUCAAGUGAUUCUGAGUUAGACGAGGACAGCUUGCAUUGCCUUUUAAUCUAA